CCAACGGCCGGCGCCAGGGAGCGGGACGCAGCGCGGGAGCGUGGGGUUGAGGGGUGGCCUAGCUGGGGCCCCGGGCCCUGCGUCCCCUGGCCGAGCCACCGCUCCUGCACACGCUGCGGGGCCGCAGCCGCCGGGCCGUGGGCGUGCAAGGGGCCCGGCUGCGAGCCGGGUUCCUAGGCGGGUGUGGGAGUCGUCUCCACCACCGGCGUCCCCUGAGGCGGCUCCCAGGCCAUGAUCGACUCGGCGAAGAUGCGCCGCGACUGCGCGGCCGACUUCUUCUCGCACUAUGAGUACCUGUGCGCGCUGCAGGACUCGGUGCCGCUGCCUGCGGUGCGCGCCUGCCUACGGGAAGGUGUGCUGGACUUCAACGCCGACCGCCUCCGCUUGGUCGACUGGGCGCCGCUCCUGAGCACCCUCAAGAUUAAUAAAGAUCUGCCACUGGUGUCUAUCAAGAGCUUCUUCCAGCCGUGGCUUGCCGAAACAGGUUCUGACAGAAGUAAAGUUUGCAGAAGUCGUGUUCCUGCUAUAAGAAACAAAGAUGUGACCUUCCAGCUAUGUAAAGCUCUUAAGUGCUGUUUAAGCAUAUCAAAUGCUCUAAAGAACCUGGAACUAAAUGGACUAGUUCUGAGAGAGAGAGAUUUAACUAUUUUAACAAAGGGAUUGAAUAAAUCGGCGGCUUUGGUGCACCUGUCUCUUGCAAAUUGUCCAAUUGGAGAUGGAGGUUUAGAAAUUAUUUGUCAAGGUAUAAAGAACUCUAUCACUCUUAAGACAGUAAACUUCACGGGGUGUAAUCUGACUUGGCAGGGAGGAAAUCACAUGGCCAAGAUCUUAAAGUAUCAGACCAUGAGAAGACAUGAAGAAACCUGGGCUGAGAGUCUUCGUUAUAGGAGACCUGAUCUUGACUGUAUGGCUGGCUUGAGGCGCAUCACUUUGAAUUGCAACACGCUCAUUGGUGACCUUGGUGCAUGUGCUUUUGCAGAAUCUCUUAGUGAGGAUUUAUGGCUUAGAGCUCUUGACUUGCAGCAGUGUGGCCUCACCAAUGAAGGAGCAAAGGCUUUGCUAAAAGCCCUUGAAACCAACAGAACUCUGGUUGUUCUGGAUAUAAGAAAAAAUCCACUUGUUGAUCAUUCUGUGAUGAAAGCAGUUAUCAGAAAAGUUCUCCAGAAUGGAAGGAGUGCCAAGUCAGAGUAUCAGUGGACAACUUCUCCAUCAGUGAAGGAACCAUUCAAAACUGCUAGACAGAAAAAGAAAACUAUAAUUCUGGGAAGUGGUCGAAAAGGAAAAGCUACUAUUAGAAUUGGAUUGGCUACAAAGAAACCUAUAAGUAAUGGAAGAAAACAGUCCCUUGGUAAAGAUUAUGCUCCUGAACCUCUACCGCCUGGUGUGUCUGGUUUCCUGCCAUGGCGUACUGCAGAACGUGCAAAAAGGAACAGGGGCUUCCCAUUUUUCAAAACUCGUGAUGUAUAUAAUCAGUUGCAGCAAUCAAAUUUUCCUGUGACUGUGACAGUAGAGAGUCCUUCCUCCUCAGAAAUUGAAGAGGUUGAAGAGGUCGAUGACUCUUCAGAAAGUGUUCAAGAAGAGCCUGAGAAAACCAGUGUAAAACAAGAAGCAUUACAGGAAAAACUGGAGGAGUGCCUAAAGCAGUUAAAGGAGGAAAGAGUAAUAAGACUUAAGGCUGACAAACGAGUCAGUGAGCUGGAACAUGAAAAUGCCCAGUUAAGAAAUAUAAAUUUCUCUUUGUCUGAAGCCCUUCAUGCACAGUCAUUGACAAACAUGAUCCUGGAUGAUGAAGGUGUUUUGGGCAGCAUUGAGAAUUCUUUUCAGAAGUUCCAUGCUUUCUUGGAUCUCCUUAAAGAUGCUGGGCUUGGGCAGCUUGCCACAAUAGCUGGUAUAGAUCAGUCAGACUUUCAUUUACUAGGUCGUCCACAAAUGAAUUCCACCCUUAGUAGUCCACCUAAAGAAGAAAAGAAAGCACUUGAAGAAGAAAAACCAGAAUCAAAGCAGAAUGCCCUGGGACAAAUGCAAAAUAUCCAAGUUUCUAUUUGUAUGCAGUCAGCUUACAAUGAAGGAACACUAAUGAAGUUUCAAAAAAUUACAGGUGAUGCUAGAAUUCCUUUGCCUCUUGACUCCUUGCAUGUUCCAGUUUCUACUCAGGAGGCCUUAGACACUUGCAAAGACAACUUGGGAGUCCAAGUCACUGAGCAGCGGCAGGGGUCUUUCGAAGAAUUCAUUGCUAGAACAUGUUCUCCUUCAGCAGAUGUAAUUUCUGGAAGUCAAAGAAAAGAAGAUGAGUUGUCUAGAAAUAGCAGAUCUUCUUUAGAGAAAAUGAGCAAAACAGGUGAAUAUACCAGAAAACACUCUGCUAAGAAA